AUGCUUACACUUCCUUCCAAUUCUGAUGAAAUGGAAGAAAAAAAUCCUGAGCAAGAGGCGGAGGAAGAGGAAGAGGAUGAAGGAGAUGAAGAGAACCAGCUUUCUGAAGUGAACGAGCUGGUCAUCUACCGCCAAAUUCGGAACAACCAAGUCAGCUACAUCUGCCAGAGACCUUUGUGUGGAAGAGAAUUUACUAAGCCCAUUAAACUAAAAUUUCACGAUCGCUCACACAGUGGAGUGAGACCGUACCGCUGUCGAGAGUGCGGCUACACAUCUACCCUUAAAGUCAACCUCUCAAAACACGUUCACCGCCUGCACGACUGUGACACGGAAAACGACGACUUGAUCGAGGAGGAUGCAGAGCUGUUGAAGGUGGAAAAUGAGCUCUUUGAAUACGCUAUGAAACAAUUACUUGGGCCUUCGGGUGAAAAUGAGGAAGAUGAAGAUGAAGAUGAAUACUUGCCACCACCUCCGGAAACUGCAGUAUCAACAUCACCAUCAACGUUAGCAGCGGCAGCAGCAUCAUCAUCACCAUCAACAUCAGCAACGGCAGUAGCAGCACCUUCAUCUGAAGAGGACUCCUUGAUCAUUUGUCGUCGAACUCGCGCUGACGAGGAGGAAAUGGAGGAGGAGGAGGAGGAGGAAGAGGAGCUCUCUGACGACAGUAGUUCUGGCAUCGAAGUGGUAGAAGAGGAAGAAGAAGAAGAAGAGGAACCAGACGAAGCUGUUCGCGCUUACUAUGAAAAACUCCUGGAGGAGUUUGAGUGCCCGUUAAAGUGCCGCAUAGUCCCUGAUUGCCAGUGGCGUUUCGCCAGCGCUGACGAUCUUCGCGAUCACGAAC